AUGAGUUAUAGACAAGAACAGACAGGAGCAUCUGUGUUGGCCAAUGGAGCUGGGUACCCUCCUGAGGCAGCAAACAACGUUGGAAGACUUCCAGUUGAGCAUCCUGACAUGCCUGAAUUUCCGUUACAUCAGCAUGAGAUUUUAAACAGGCAAGUGUCAUAACCUACAGUACUUUCACCAUAACAUUUCAAGUAUACUCAGUUGGUAGUAGUCGAGGAAUCGAACAGGUAGGAAUUUCUUUGGUCCUAUCUGCUGCACCCAUUAGCAGUCUUCCUUUCUCUUUUCUUUCCUUUCCUUUUUUUAAUGUGCUUGAACUCAAUUUUAAGAAACAUAGAAUUUGGACAAAACAGUUGAAGUCUCAGAAAUACUUUCUACUGCAAUAGACUGCGAGACUGCGAGAACUUUAGGAAUUGAUGGUGCUUUUAAGUAACGGUACUCUUAUUCCACCAUUGCGAUUACAAGUCAGCAACUUUGUUCAUGUAUAAGAUAACGAACAGGGGCACCUCGGUAUAGACGUUUUGUAAAAAGCUAGAUUGCCUAAUUGUUUAAAUGAAUGGAUGACAUUAAAUUAAAUUUUCUUGUAUGCAGACUGCAAUGUAUAUAAAUCGACUGUCAAUCAGUGAGUAUUUUGGUGAUCCUAAACUCACAGAGACCACUGGCAUUAAAGUUUUUAUAGUCACGAGGGUGGCCAUAGGUCUCGAUUCUUGGUGCAAGCGUAUAAGUGUUUUAGGUAAAAAGUGUCAAAUACGGCUAUUAGCUGAAAUGCAUUCCACAUUAAGGUGACUCGACCCAGUUAUUGUGUAAAGGUACCAUCCUACUUUGAAGCUCUCUGGUAUCCCCACCUUUACAUUGAUCCUAAGUCUAACAUACAGCAUGGACAACUGCAUAUAGUUGGCGAUGCCGUUGGCGAUCGGAGUAAAUGUCACGUGGUUAUAGUGCCACGCCUCUUUGGGGUCUGAGUCGAAAUUCUGCUGUUGCCGGCAUUUUUUUCGUGAAAAUCUCUUGGGUACAUAUAGUUCGCAUUACCGCCUUUCGUUGAACAGAGUUUCACCAAAAUCGCUAAGACCAUAGUUAUUAGAGGAGACUGGUUAUGAAAAGCGGCAAACAUCAAUGAUAAAAACAACAGUGCUGCAGUUUAUGUUGGAAGCACCUUGAAAGUGCACAAUCCUUUGUUUUCCGUUGGCAAAUUGUUACGGAAUAAAUUAAUGCAACGUUUUUAUUGGUCAAUACAAUCAAAAUGAUAGGAAUUCUUUUGAACGUUGUGCACUUUCAGGUCCACAAAAACAUAUAACAAAGGAGUCUGGCGGGUUUCAUAACCAUUCCACUCAAUUAACUAUGCUAAGACCCAAUCAGAGAAAUUCAGCGGUUUCCAAAUUUAGGUCAUAAUUUAUGUGAAAAUGAUUAGCGAACUUUACACAUUUAUAUCUAAUAAACUAUGAGGUUUAUCCCUUUAUUUUGGGGAUCUUUAUAACAGAUGGGUCCUUGUAAGUCAGCAAAAAGCUUUAGGGCCUUGUAAAUGCGCGCGAUUUCGAGCAAUGCAAACAUAUAGAAAUUAUAGUUUUAACUAUUUGUUGACGUUUGUCAGCGUUUAACAGUCCUUCUCACGAAAAAAGCAUUUUCUUAAAAAAUCGUAGUUUUUUUCCUUCAGAUUUUUUCAUGGCCACAAUUGGUUAACUAACUACCCGGAUUCUGAAUUUCAUGGUCAUUGAAAAACUGUGACAUUACCUUCUAUAAUUUUGGUACGAUGAGACAGGCUGCGAUCGCGUGAUCCAUGCAGGUUUACCUCACAAUUUUUAGUCAAUUCUCGUGCUUCUUGUGCCUUUGCAAAAAAGUCGAGAAAUGCUACACACCGUACCAAAAUUAUCAUAUCUCGGUGAGCAUUCGGAAGUCAGCCAAGCGCGGUCAUUGCACGCGUGCUGAACAAGAAUGCUGUAUCAUGACAGAUUAUAGAAAACUCCCGAAGCACAAACUCAGCCAAAACAGUUUUUCAAUGACCAUGAAAUUCAGAAUCCGGGUAGUUAGUUAAUCAAUAAUUGAUUAUUAUUGUGGCUCUGUAAACAUCUGAAGGUAAAAAAACUAAGAAUUUUUAAAGUGGGAAAUCCCCUUAGCAAGUCAAGGUAAAGCAGUGUUUUUAUCAGUGGACGAGAAAUAAAUAUUAUAUGCUAGAACUUUGACCUGAAUGUCAGCCACUAGUAAGUGAUAUCGAUGAUCUGCUCUACAAUUUCAGGCCAGCUUCACUAACACUUAUGGCAGCUCUAUUGGCACAAUUCUGUGGCGGAAAGUUCACCCUCAAAGUGGAGAACUUCUCCAAGCUCAUCCAGAAUGCGAGGGAUGUGGUGGGGUGGUCAUACGAGAGUCUUCCAUUUUCCACUGAUCCAUUUGGAUACCAGUUUUCCCUAGUAAUUUUUCCACUGGGUGUGAACGGUGGGGACAGGGAGCACAUCAGUCUGUUUGUUCGCACAAAGCGGGGCGAGUUUGAUAAUAUCCUUCCCUGGCCCUUCAUGGGAAGCUUCUCUUUCACCAUACUGGAUCAAAGCGAUGUUGCUGACGGUUUUCACAACCACAUCACUGGUACUUUUGCUACCAAAGGUAAUCAGAGAGCUUUUCAGAAGCCAAUUGCCGGAGAAAACGGCACCCUUUACGGCUUCGCAGAGUUUGCACCCAUCGAAAUGGUUUGUACUCAGCGGUACUCAAGAGAAGACUCGGUAA